AUGUCUCGCCGCCGUCGCAAUGCUGGUCCGACUGCUCCGAUAGAUCCUGUGCAACUCGUUACGCCUGCUCACGGUGUUGAUGCAACUGUAAAUACAAUUCCGAUGGAUAAAGAAGUAGUAUCGCCAAAUAUCACUGCUCGAAGACUUCACUUCUCUGAAAUUAGUGAUCCUGUUAAACCAUUGCCGACUGUUGCUGAAGUUGUUCGAGGUAAUCGAAAUGCUCAAAUGGGUAAGUCGCUAUCAUUUAUGCCUCCGAUCGAACGAGAUGGUCAGAGGGUUGUUAGAAUCAGUGUAGAGGAUUUUCAGCCUCAGAUAGAUUACUGGGCAAAUGCAUUGAUUGGAUAUGUGAUUGAUGACAAUCCAAAUGCUAAAAUGAUGGAGAAUUUUAUGAUGCAUGUCUGGAAUUUCGUUUCUAAACCACAGAUACUGAUGCAUGCUGAAGGUUAUUGUAUUUUUAGAUUCAAUAGUGAGGAAGAUAAAGAGUUAGUUAUUCAAUCUGGUCCAUACUCGUACAGGAACAAGCCUAUGGUGUUAAAGCCAUGGGAGAUUGAUUUUUCAUUCAGCAAUGAUGUACUUAGUACUAUUCCUGUAUGGAUUAGAUUCCCUGGCCUUCCAGUGGGUUACUGGUCUACUGAUGUUCUGAGUAAAUUGGCUAGUGCAGUGGGUAGACCAUUGUACACUGACAAAAUCACAGCACAUUAUGAGAAGAUUUCAUUUGCUCGAGUUUUGGUAGAGGUUGAUGCUGCACAUCCACUACCUGAUCAGAUUCAUAUUGACACUCCUUUUGGUAUGAAAAUACAGCAGAUUGAAUAUGAUUGGAAACCUAGUUUUUGCAACCAUUGUUUGAAAUUUGGUCAUGACUCUAUUGACUGCUGGUAUAAUGCAGGCAAAGACCAGGAAGUUGGUGACCAUGUGAAGGAGAGGAAGCAGAAAGCCAACAUACCAAAUCUGAUUAAAAGGACCAAGCAAGAAUGGGUUCCCAAGUCUUGUGCAGAUGCAAUAGCUAACCUACCAGUUCAGCCAAAACAGACCAGUUAG